GUGCGCGCGCGGCAGAUCCCCCAUCACAAACCAAGAUGGCGGCGGAGCGGACAGCCGGCUCUGCACAGAGACGGACCGACUAGACGAAGCUUCUCGCGGCCGGACAGCUAACGGUUCGACCCCCUGAGACAAGAAAACCCAAAGACUACAAAACAACACCCGGUACCGGCCGCCUCAACCUUUUGGGCUUCCUUUUCCCUCCCGUUACCGACACCGGUGUGAUGAAACAGCGCCGGUAGACGACGCCGGAGGGGGGGGGGAGUUGUGCGUGACGUCCACAAGCGGGGCAGCCGGUGGGGAUGGGAGAUGAUGGAGGACAAAGGCCCCCGUGUAGCGGACUACUUUGUGGUGGCCGGUCUGACGGACCCGUCCAAGCCGCUGGACCAGGAGAUCCACUUUGACGACGUCUGCCACAAGACGGCCAAGCCCCGGGCGCCCAUCACCGACGUGGCGGUGGUGAUCCGCUCCGUGGGCGAGGAGGUGCCGCCGGGGUUCACCUGCGUGGAGGAGACGCCGACCGGCCACUCGGCCGACCUCAACAACGGCGGCCUCAUGGUGCCCCAGAUCUUCCUGUGCUACCGGCGGGGUCGAGACAAGCCACCGCUCACCGACCUGGGCGUGCUGUACGAGUGGAAGGAGCGGCUGAUGCAGGGCUGCCAGCUCAUCCAGACCACGCCGGCCGGCCGUCCGGCCAACAUCAGCGGCAACUCCUCCCAGCGGAUCUACGUCACCUACCGCCGGGCGCCCGAGAGCCAGCCGCACUCCGCCCUGGCCCUCACCGACAUCUGCAUCAUCAUCCCGGGCAAAGGGGAGACGCCGCCGCACACCUUCUGCAAGGUGGAGAAGAAUCUCAACAGCAGCAUGUGGGGCUCCACUGUGUACUUGUGUUACAAGAAGUCUGUGGCCAAAACCAACACCAUCGCCUACAAAGCAGGUCUGUUCAGCAGAUACCCAGAGGAGGACUACGAGUCGUUCCCCCUGCCGGAGUCGGUCCCUCUUUUCUGCCUGCCCAUGGGGGCCACCAUCGAGUGCUGGCCGGCCAACACCAAAUACUCCCUCCCUGUGUUCUCCACCUUCGUCCUCACCGGAGCCUCCGGAGAGAAGGUCUACGGUGCAGCCAUUCAGUUCUACGAGCCCUUCCCACCGGAGUGUCUGACCGACCUGCAGCGCUCCCAGCUGGGUCUCCUGAGCCCCGAUCCACCAAAGCCCUCCUCCUCCUCCUCCUCCUCCUCCUCCUCCUCCUCCUCCUCCUCCACCACCACCCCACGCUCGGUCUACACCAACAAGUGCAUCUGUCUGCUCUCCCACUGGCCGUUCUUCGACGCUUUCCGCAAGUUCCUGACGUUCCUCUAUCGCUACUCCAUCUCCGGCCCUCACGCCCUGCCCAUCGAGAAGCACAUCUCUCACUUCAUGCACAAAGUCCCGUUCCCUUCCUCCCAGAGGCCUCGCAUCCUGGUGCAGCUUUCUCCUCAUGACAGCCUGAUGCUGAGCCAGCCGGUGUCGUCUCCUCUGCCCCUCAGCGGCGGCCGGUUCUCCAUGCUGCUGCAGAACCUCGGACCGGAGAACGCCGUCACCUUGCUGGUCUUCGCCGUCACGGAGCACAAGAUCCUGGUCCACUCGCUGCGGCCCGCCGUGCUGACCAGCGUCACCGAGGCGCUGGUGUCGAUGAUCUUCCCCUUCCAUUGGCCCUGCCCCUACAUCCCUCUGUGCCCCCUGGCGCUGGCCGGCGUGUUGAGCGCCCCCUGUCCCUUCAUUGUGGGCGUGGACUCCCGCUACUUUGAUCUUUACGACCCGCCCCCGGACGUGAGCUGCGUGGACCUGGACACCAACACCAUCUUCCACAAUGAAGACAAGCGAGCCGUCACGUGGAAGAUCCUGCCGAAGAAGGCCUGCAAGAACCUGAUGAACGUGCUGAGCGCGCUCUACCAGCAGCUGGUGGACGGCCAGCAGCGGCCCGACGGGCUGCUGGAGCUCAGCAUGAGCUCCUCCUCCGAGCUGAGCUGUGGGAAGACCAUCCUCACGCUGGAGCUGGAGAUCCAGGAGGUCUUCCUGCGCUUCAUGGCGGCCAUCUUGAAGGGCUACCGCUCCUUCCUGCGACCCAUCACCCAGGCGCCCUCGGAGAAGGCCACCGACGCCAGCUCGCUCUUUGACCUGCAAGGGUUCCUGAAGAGCCGCGACCGCUCGCACCAGAAGUUCUACUCUCUGAUGACCAAGACCCAGAUGUUCAUCCGCUUCAUCGAGGAGUGCUCCUUCGUCAGCGACAAAGACGCCAGCCUGGCCUUCUUCGACGACUGCGUGGACAAACUUUACAACUCAGAGCGGAGUGCAGACAAAGGAGGAAAGGUGGACGGCGACCGAGCGGAGGAGAGCCGGCUGAUCGAGACCGACGAGUCUCAGCGCAGCGAGCACACCGUCUUCAUCACCCCCCCCGAGCUGCCCCCCCUCCCCGGGGGGGAGGAGUACCCGCUGUGCUACAGGUACGACGGCUUCCCGGUGUUGAGUCUCGACCUCUUCGACCCCGUGGAGGGCCUGAGGACCCCGUCCUCCCGCCUCGCCGCCAAGCACAGCUGCCCCACAAGCCCCGCCCCCGUGUUCAGGCGCACCAAGCAGGAGAUCAAAUCAGCACAGAAGAUAGCCAAGAAGAACUCGUCCGUGCCCCAGCUGUGGUCCAAGUGCCUCCUGCGUCACUGCUACGGCCUGUGGUUCAUCUGCCUGCCGGCGUACGUGAAGGUGUGCCACUCCAAGGUGCGCGCCCUGCGCACGGCGUACGACGUCCUCAGGAAGAUGCAGGCGAAGAAGCUGCAGCCCCCCGACGAGGUCUGCUACCGGGUGCUGAUGCAGCUGUGUGGGCAGUACGGCCAGCCCGUCCUGGCCGUCAGGGUCCUCUUUGAGAUGAAGAAGGCCGGCGUGCACCCCAACGCCAUCACCUACGGCUACUACAACAAGGCGGUGUUGGAGAGCACGUGGCCCUCCAGCACCAGAGGAGGGUACUUCCUGUGGAUGAAGCUGAGGAACGUGGUUCUGGGCGUGGCCCAGUUCAAGCGGGCGCUCCGCCGCCCCGCCCCCCUCACCCAGAGUCCUCUGUCAGAUGGCAGCGACCUGGACAGCCUGGAAGUCUCUAACCACGCCCCCUUCGCCAGCGCCCGGGUAGAGCCCACUGACGAUAGGUGUAGCACAGGGGACCAAUCAGAUCUGGGCUACAACUCGCUGUCCAAAGAGGAGGUUCGGAGAGGAGAACCCGGAGCUCAGGAGGCCAAAGACGACAAGAAGGAGAGCGACUGCAGCUCCCUGUCGGAGACGGAGAGCACCAAGGGGAGCAAGGACCUCCUCCCUCAGCUGGACCAGGAGGCUCCUCCCUCUUUCCGGCCUCGGGGCAUCGUACGCAGCAGCUGUCCGUACGACGAGGCCUCCUGCAAACCCAAGAGCUCCGUCAGCGCAGGCCAUGUUGCGGGGCUCCUCUUCACCUCCUCCCUGGAUGAGAUCGGGGAGGUCCACACCAACCCUUUGCUCCGGAGGCACAAGAGCGCUCUGGAGGAGGUGGUGGUCCUCGGCCUGGGCAUGAGCCGGGGGGAGACCGACCCGGACAAGAUCGCCGGACACCUCGGCGCGGACGUCAAGAUCCUCUCCGGCACCGACUUCAGGAAGAGGCCUCGCUCGCUGGCUCUGGGCGGGACGGACCACAGGGAGGAGGACGAGGAGGGGCGGGACUCGAGCGACGAGGACAGAAGUAACACGGACGCCAUUUUUGAUUUGGAGGAUCUGGAUUUGGAUAAACCGAGCGGCGGCGGCGGCGGCAGGUCCCACAAGAAGCCCGUGGAGCGCAGCGCGAGCUACGGCGGCGUGAAGCGCACGGGCAUCCAGACGGGCGACGACCCGCUGUCCCUGCUGGCGGCGGAGUGUCAGACGGACGAGGACCGGGACCCGGAGGGCGACGAGGCCGGGACGCCGAGCGCCCGCGGGCACCUGGCCCGGGAGAUCGAGCUCUACAUGAACCACAUGGGCAGCCCGCUGAGCAGCCGCACGCCCAGUCUGGACCUGCAGGACCUCGCCGGCCCGCCCCUCCUCCACCCGCUCUCGGCCCCCCGCCGGGCCAGCCUGCCCCACGGCUCCCCCCUCAGGGCGGCCGGAGUGACGCGCUCCCGCACCUUCCAGCCGCCAUCGCCCUCCCGCCCCGUCCCGCGCCAGCGUCUGCUGUCCUCGCCCUCCUGCCGCAGCUCCGGCGCCACCACGCCCAGCGCCAGCCCCCGACCCAGCCCCCGACCCAGCCCCCGACCCAGCCCCUGCAGGGACCGGGCGGACCGGCUGAGCCUGGCGUCGCCUUCGCCCUCCUCCUCCUCCUUCGCUCUGGACACUCUGCUCACGCCGUCGCUCGACGUGUUCAAGACCAGCGUGUUCUCCGCUGGGAAGGGCGUGGCAGAGAAGGCGAGCCGCUGGUACUCCCGUCUCGCCACAUACACCACGCCCACCAAGGACGGUCACAGCGACCGCCUCAGCGUCGGGGAUCCGGACUGCUCCUCCCUGCUGGACGAGGAGGACUCUCGGGGGUCCGAGGGCUCCGUGAUCUCUCCGCGGAGGAUCGGCCCCGCGGGGCGGCGCAGGAGCCCCCGACGCGGCCGGCUGGAGAGCCCCUCUGCGGGCUCCAGCCUCGGGAGACCCACGUCUCUGCUCCCCGGAUGCGUGCUCUCUCCUCCCGGCUUCCCUCUGCCAGACAAGUCUGACCUCGGCUCCUCACGCUACACCAGCAGCACCAGCAUCUUCAACAACUACGCCAUGGAGCUGCUGAUCUCCAGCUGUUCUCGCUGUAAGACGUGUGACUGCCUGGUGUACGAUGAGGAGAUCAUGGCCGGCUGGACGGCGGACGACUCCAACCUGAACACCACGUGUCCCUUCUGUGGGAACCCGUUCCUCCCGUUCCUGAACGUGGAGAUCCGGGACACGAGAGGACCCGGCAGGCUGUUCCUGAAGGGCAGCCCGUCGGUGGACGAGGCCCUGACCUCGUCGUGCUCCGCCUCCACCGGUCUGGACACCUCCACCUUGUCCACGCCCUGCCCCACCACGGCCCUCUUCCCCCCCUCCCCCCUCUUCCCCCCCUCCCCCCUGAUCGCUGUGCAGGAGUGCUUGGGGAGUGGAAGGACUCCUCCCACCACAUCUCAGGGGAUCAGCAUCCGGCCGGGCUCUCCGACCCCCGGGGCGCCGCUGGCCCGCAGCGUCAGCGCCUUCGGCCCCCUGGACGAGGCGCCGCGUCUCGCCCGCCGCGUGCCGACGUCGGGCAGCCUGCCCAGCCGCCUGCACGAGGCCACGGACCCCCUGAGCAUUGAGUGGCGGCUGCACCACCCCGAGCCGGUGACGGUGCCCUACCUGAGCCCGCUGGUGCUGUGGAAGGAGCUGGAGAGCCUGCUGGAGAACGAGGGCGACCCGGUGAUCACGGAGGCCCACGUGGUGGACCAGCACCCCAUCAUCUACUGGAACCUGGUCUGGUACUUCAGGCGCCUGGACCUGCCCAGCAACCUGCCCGGCCUCAUGCUCACCUCAGAGCACUGCAACCGGGAGUCCCAGGUGCCCCGGCCCUGGAUGUCUGAGGACAGUAAACAUGUGUUGAUCCAGAUCUUGUGGGACAACCUGAAGCUGCACCAGGACUCGGUCCAGCCGCUCUACAUCCUGUGGAACACCUUCAAUGUGGGUUACCCUCUGUCUCGGCCCGUCCCGGAGGAGGAGAAGCCGCUCAGCGAGGAGCUGCUGCAGAGCGUCGUGAAGAGCAUCCAGAGGAACGACAUCAGCCGGCCGAUGGCUCAGCUGCUGCAGCUGCUGGGCCAGACGCUCGGGGUCAAGAGGCAAAGGAGUUUGUACCGAGACAUCCUCUUCCUCUCUCUGGUGGCGCUGGGAAAAGACAACAUUGACAUUGACUCCUUCGAUCGCGAGUACAAGCUGGCGUUCGACCGCCUGGCGCCGAGUCUGGUGAAGCUGACCCACAACUGUGACCGCCCCCCCAGCACCGGGGUCAUGGAGUGCCGCAGGACGUUUGGAGAGCCUUACCUGUAACACACACACACACACACACACACACCUGAACUCUCACCUCCCCUCGCCAUCGCUUUACGACGAGCUCAGGAAACCGGUCGCCAGACUGUGAAUGUUUUUGAGAAAAUCCCCAAAAAGGGCGUUUUUCAGCCUGAAGACGGAAACACGAGCCCCACGCUUCAUGAACACUGUACAGACCACGCAAGAGGACCUCUUUUCUUUUUUAAACGCUACAUUUAUAAAGCAUACCAAGUCUGAUAUCAGCAAUAUUUUAACUCUAUUUAUACAAAAUAAGCUUUAUUUAUUGUCCCGUCUGUGUUGUCUGUUGUAAACGAGCUUUUGUGUGUUUAAUGAG